GGUCCGGCCGGUUUGCGGCCGCAGGACGGCGAGGCGUCAGGCGGCCGUUUGGGGCCCCGGAGGGUGGUCGGCCCGAAGUGAGUUUGCGCGCUAGUUCCAGAGCCGGCGCCCCGGGAACGGCGGCCCCGGGAGGCGCAGGAGGAGCAGCCCCCGCCCCGGAUCCCUCGCGAGCCUUGGGGCAGCUCGGCGGGUCCCGACGGGGUCCACCGUUAACAGUCUAUGGUUUUCCAAGAGCAGCAGAAAAUGAAUGAAUCCCAGGGGCCAGUGUCGUUCAGGGACGUGGCUGUGGACUUCACCCAGGAGGAGUGGCAGCAGCUGGAGCCCAAUGAGAAGACCAUCUACAGGGAUGUGAUGCUGGAGAACUACAGCCAUCUCGUCUCCGUGGGGUAUGACAGCACCAAACCGAAAGUGAUCCUCAAAUUGGAACAGGGAGAGGAGCCAUGGGUAGCUGAAGGUGAACUGCCAUGUCAGAGUCAUCUGGAAGUCUGGAAGGUUGAUGACCUGAUAGAGAGAAUCCCAGGAAAUGAAGAAGAACAUUCAAGCCGCCCUGCCUGCCGGGCCAUGUGGCACCCGCUGGUCCUGAUGCUGCUGCUGUUCCCUGCCGUCUCCAUCCCCAGCGCCACUGCCGCUCCCAUCCCGGAUGCCAGGAGCCAGGACAGCCUGCAGAUCGUGCUCCAAGGUGCUCAAGCUGGAGGAAACAGAGCGCCCUGGGCAUUCCCAAAUCGAGUCCCUCACUCUGGCUGUCCUCCUGGGUUAUGAGGUGGCUGCUGUGGUGGUGCAGCCCCAAAGCCCAGGAAGCUGGCCUGUAGUUCUGUGAGAAGCCUCCAUGGCUACAGGCCAUCUACAACAGGCUUCUUAAAGGGGGCCCACCUGGAAGGGAGACCUGGGUCCUCCCUCAGCUCAAACAGCCCACCCCCAAGACCUACUUCAGGCUAAUCAGCAGCUGUCGGGGCUGGGGGUGGGCACCAGGGCACUGGCGGGGGACAGACAUGUAUCUUUACCAGCCCCCAUCCUCAGCUCCAUGUAGAAAUAAAGUUUCUUACAGCCA